UUUCAGACACCUUCGUUUUAAAUUAUUUUUUACCAGAAAUGAGUCUUUCAAUUCUUCCUAACAUUUCUUCAGAUCCUUUAAACUUGCUCAACGUUGAUCAAAAAACUAAUUUACUUUCAGAGCCAGUUCGUGUUGCCGAAUUUUCUUUGGAUAACAAUCGUCGUCCUGUACUCGGCCGUUCUAAAGCUCGUUAUUUUUAUGAAGCCGUUGUAGCCAAGGGGAGAAAAAUGCCAAUUAAAGCAAAAUUGUCUGAUGGUUACAACCAAGAUAUAAUUAAAGAAAGGGAGGAUGACGGACUUAUUUUUUUGACUCGUUGGAUUUCUUCUUUGGCGCCUCCAAAAAGUGUUUUAAAAGAGAUAAUUCAUGACUGCGAUUUUGUUAUUUGCCGUGGAACUCUUUUACGUUUGAUGACUUCCUGUUAUGAUUCAAUUCCCCAUUCUGUGGGUAUGAAACUUGUUUGCUGCAAAAUGAAAGGUGUUUAUUUCAUUCGUGAAUACUACACUCCAACUAGAAUUGAAAAAGAAGUAAAUAUGAUUGAUAGACAUAAUCGAAUGUGUUAUGAAGCGCACAAAUUUAAACAACUAGUUACAACAAAAGGACAGGGAAAAAGGCCCGAUUUUAAGGAGACUGUUUGUGUUAAACCCGAUUUUAUUGGAGUUUUUAAAGCUACAAUUAAUGCUCCAUCUCAAAAGGAUCCUUCCUCCAAUUUUCGAAUAUUUUAUGGAGCAGAAAUUGAUUGUAUAGUUCCCUCGAGUGGACAAUAUUUGGGGCUCAAAACACAAUAUAAAAUGCUUGGAUUUGGGCAGGGAUUUACUGAUAAGGGUUUUUUGACCUUAUCCCAAAAGAAGGGAGGAAUCGUUUUUUCAUUACCUGCAAGGAAAGGAAAAAUGCCCUUUCCACCUUCGCCUUCAUUGUACAUAUUUCUACACCGGAUAAAUUGUUAUUCUAGUGCACGUUAA